AUGCCUCUGGUCGUACCAAGACGGUUGCAGCGCGGGUCCGUGGUCCGGGUCGUCGCGCCAUCUCAACACGCCGCCAUCCUCAGCCAAGCGACAAUCACGAGUGCGAACGCGGCGUUGGCGGCACUCGGGGUCACGCUCACGUUUGGCGACCACAUUUUCGCCUCAGACCCGUGUCAGCGCCACUCGUCCUCGAUCGCUGACCGCGUCGCCGACCUGCAUGCUGCGUUCCUUGACGAAACUGUCGACGGCAUUCUCACGGUCAUUGGUGGCUACAACGCCAACCAGCUCCUAAGUGCGCUCGAUUACGACCUCAUUCGGUCCCAUCCCAAGGUGUUUUGCGGCUACUCGGACAUUACGGCGCUCAUCAAUGCGUUCUUGGCGAAAGCCCACCUCGUCACGUUCAGCGGACCGCACUAUUCGACCUUUGGCAUGUCGCACGGCCUCGAGUUUACCAUUCAAGAGUUUGUGCGCGUUUUAAUGUCGACCGCACCGGGAAUUGAAGUCGCGACGGCGCCGAGCCCAAUGUGGCGCAACGACCUCUGGUUUCUCGACCCGACACCCAAAUUUGAGUUUGAAAACACCGCCGGCUUUGAGGUUGUCCGCAGCGGCGUCGGGCGCGGCACGAUUCUGGGCGGCAACCUCAAUGUGCUCGGCUUGCUUCGAGGCACACCGUACUUUCCGUUGCAGUUUCCCGACGUCGUCCUCUUCCUUGAAUGCACGGGCGAGAACGACGUCGCGACCUUUGACCAGCUCGUGCAAGCCCUUUUGCACAUGCCUGGCUUUGCCGCAACGCUUCGAGGCAUCGUGGUCGGUCGCUUCGAGCUCAACUCCAAGAUGGGUGCAAAGGAAGUCGAGGCGAUCUUUCGCAUCAAAAACGAGCUGCCAUCGACGCUGCCCAUUGUCUACGGCGUCGACUUUGGCCAUACGACGCCCCACACGCUGAUCCCGAUCGGAGGGUCCUGCACGCUGGACACGCGAGGCGACGCGCCGUACCUGGGCAUUGCGUGGUAGAUGGCUUGUCUAAAUAGAUGAACAUGUGCUGGCGUGA